CACAGGAGGACUUUGGGGUUUUCACUCCGUUGCCUCCUCCGUGCGGGGACAAGAGGAUUUCACGUCCGAGCCAGCUGGGAGGGACAGCAACUAUGUCAAUGCGACGCACAACUAAGCAAAGCACAAUUGAGUCUCGACUCCGACGGAAUUAAAUAUCUGAGGUUCAACUCGAGGAGCAGGAUGCUUCCUCAACGAGCAGCAGUGAGCACGCUGGGUUACGGCUCUGACUGUGUGAAGAUGGAGCCCAGCUGCAGUGGCCCAGUAGGUGGGACCUUGCCCAGGGGUUCACGCUCCAAGGCGGAGCUUCAGGAGCUGAUGGAGACACUACAGCGUAGGAAGAGCGCCCUGGAAGCCAGUCUCAGGGCGGCGGAGUGCAGUCGCAAGUAUUUCAACAUGCCUUCCCCCGGUGGACCCCAGUCCAAACGGCCACUAUCCUUCCUCAGCAACACGGAGCACCAGCCAUCUUCUUCAAGAACCUUCUCCUACAUGACCAGCAGCAGCAUGCCCCCAUCCCCUCGCCAGGGUGAGCGUCAGUUAAACUCUAAUGGCUUUCUACGUCACUCCCAUUCUCGCCACCAGUCACAGGACAGCCUGCUCCUCCCCACAGACGAAAGUUCUCACCUUUCCUCUUAUGGAGAACCGCUACCUCGAUCUCCGAGGGUCAAGAGUGGCACAGCUAGUGUGCCCUCAAGCCCUCGAAUGGGCCGCAGACUGUACUCGCAAAGUAAAGCCAUGAGUGAAUCCAGGCAGAGGAAAUACUCAACGGGUUCCCUCAACAAUCUGGGCAUGCACAGUCGUUCCCUACCACGCCUCCACAAUCCUGUUGAUCCUCCGAUUUUAUCUCUGCCGCCUCAUCUACACAGAGGAGGGCGCUCAACAAUGGCCCGACACAGUCUCUCCUCCCUUGAGCAACCUCCAGAUGUAACUGUACCAGCCAGCAUGCCUCAUACUCCCAGGAGAGCCAGCAUGGCCUCACUGAGUUCUUUAGGUGUUGAGAUAGAUGGUCCAAACUUAGAUGUGAGCUUUGGAGAGCGGAGGUUAUCAUUUGGAAAGGGAGGGCUGAGUCCAGGACAAAGGGUGGGCAGCAUCACCUCACUGAAUGGCAAAGAGGAGUUGAGAGACUAUCACCAACACCAGAGGGAUGAGAGACUCAGGGAACAAAAAGUGCAGAAACUGGAGAGCCAGCGUCUGGAGACCAUCAUGAACCUGUGCACUGAGUUUACAAAGGUGGAGCCUGCAGGUUCAGCAGUUUCGGACCUGCAAAAGAUCAAUAAGGAGUUGGAGAAGCUGCAGGUGUCAGACGAUGAGUCUGUAUUCUCAGACUCCCCUAGCAGCGCGGUUCCAGACAACUGCUUUGGCACCAAGGGCAGAGACUUGCUUCUCAGUGAUGAGCAGCAAGUCAGCAUUCGUCAGCAGAACAGCUACAGAGAGUUCCAAUCACCAUCUCGAAGUAUGAACAGCAGCGCACCAUCACCCUCCAGCCACCAGAGAUCUAAGGUGUUGGAGAGCGUGCAGCUGAAGCAGGAAGUAACGCAUAUUGAGGAGGAGAGAAUCCAGGUCGUGAACAACAUUGAAGAGCUGGAGCAGAAGAUUAAAGACCUGGAUAACCAGAUGGAGGAGUCAGUGAGAGAGAUGGAAGUGGAGUGUGCAUUGCUGGAAGGAGAGCAGGAGUCAGAGAUGACCCAGCUGCAAAAAGAAAAGGAGCUUCUGGACCAACUCAGGGAAAAGAUUCAUAGUUCUGAGAAAGUUAGCCACAAUGAGAAGGCACAGGUGGCAGAAGAGCAAACAAAAACCUUGGAGGAUUUGGAGUUCCAGGAGUUAGAGAAAGUAAUUGACCAAGACGAAGAAAAGGAAAAUCAGAGUCAGUUACUGAGAGAGAUUGCUGACUGUCAACGUCUCGCUAUCACACACAAGGAGAGACUUGCCACGCUGAAAAUACAGUCUUCGCAGAUUGCGCUGCAGUCCCAGCAGGAGAGAGAGAAUUUCCAGAGGGAAAAAAACAAUCUGCUCAUCAUGCUGCAGAAGGAAAGAGACAAGCUGGCGUCUUUGGAAGGAAAAUAUGCAGAAUUGUCUGAGAAGCAGAAAAGCAAUAACACGGCCAUCAAAGAGCAAAUACACGCCAUGAGGGAAAGGAGGAGGAGCGGCAAGGAAAACUCUGCACACCCGAGUGACAACGGAACUCAUAAGAGGAGAGAGCAGAGCGUCGCUCUCCAUGGAAGAUCUUUGGGACGCACCCUUACGCCAAAGGCCCAUCUGCCUCUGUCUCAAAGCUCCAGCUGUGGCAGCGUCAUCCCGCAAAGUCUCAGCUUCGCCCCUCGAGACCUGAACACUCGCUGCCUGCCAAAAAGCAACAGCCACACGCACACGAAUGACGGCGUGCACGACAGACAGAGAAAAAGUGAGUUCUGCAACCGAUUGCUGUCAGAGCCCAACAUUUUCCUCGACUCCUUGUCCUACCCGGAUAACAGCCAGGCCUCCGACACGGUCAGCGUGGACAGCUCCGACAGCCUGGAGACCAGCUUCUCUGCAUGCUCACCUGAUAACAUCUCCAGUGCCAGUAUGUCCAACAUGGUCAAGCUUGAGGAGAUGGAGCGUUUACUCCGAGAGGCUCAGGUGGAAAAGCUACGACUGCUUGAGCACAGGGAGCGUGAGAUGGAGAUACGCAGGCACGCCCUGGAGGAGGAGCGAAGAAGGAGGGAGGAACUGGAGAAACGUCUGCAGGAGGAGACCGCCAGGAGACAGAAACUUGUGGAGAGGGAAGUGAAGCUCAGGGAAAAACAAAGAUCUCAGUCCAGACUACUGACACGCUACCUGCCUGUAAGGAAAGACGACUUCGACCUUCAUGACCAUAUCGAGGUGGCGGGACACAAUCCGGAUGCUUGCUUCCAUUUGGCCGUCACGGACAAAACGUGCCGAGGCUUCCUUGUCAAGAUGGGGGGGAAAAUCAAAACCUGGAAGAAACGCUGGUUUGUGUUUGACCACAAUCGCAGGACUCUCACUUACUAUGCAGAUAAACAUGAAACCAAGAUGAAAGGAGUCAUUUACUUCCAGGCCAUAGAAGAGGUUUACUAUGACCAUUUGAAGAAUGCACACAAAAGUCCCAACCCCUCGCUGACCUUCAGUGUGAAGACUCACGAUCGUGUGUACUACAUGGUAGCCCCGUCCCCUGAGGCCAUGCGUAUCUGGAUGGAUGUCAUUGUGACGGGCGCAGAGGGACACAUGCACUUCAUGCUGUAACGCAGCCUAAGAGGUGUUUUGUGUGUGUAAGAUUUGCACAACUCCACAACAUUUGUUGGAACAAGUAUGUGAACAUUCGGUCGCUCAACCACUCUAUCAUGUAAUCAAUUAUAAAAAUCAUAAUGUACCAGUCUUAUCAUUAAGCUAUAAUUGUUUAUGUACUAGAUCUACAUCCAUUUGUAGUGUCAAACUAGCAAAAAUAAUAAUAAUCUACCGCACAGUCAUGGUUCAGGUCUACUACAAAAUAAUACAGCUGAAAACGGCAAAAAACUAACAAAAAUCGGAACAGCUAUGAAGACAUAAGUGUUGCCUAUGAUUAUUUCUCAGUAAGGAAUCAGAGGGCAGCGAGAAAACAGGGCACUGCAGCAAAGUAGAGACUGUGGAGAAUACCGCAGCAUCCAGUUAGCAUGUUUAUUUAGUCAUAUGAAUUCAAAUAAAAUCUGCUUGACCAAUGAGCAUCCAGAAGUGUAGGCAUAUGCUAGUAGUGCCAACCGACAUGUCACAGGCUACUGGAGCCAUGCAGAGGCGGUUCUGUGCAGUGCAAAAGGGGCAUUAUAAUGUGCAAAAACACGCACUUUUAUUCCAUAAUUGACAGUGGUGUAAAUUACUCCUUGUUCUCCAUAUCUUUACGUUUAAUCACUAUAAUCAUUAGUCAUGUUUCUUAAGCACUUAAGUCUGUUUUAUUUGAUCGGAGUGUCCUGGUGAUCUCUAAUCAACAGCAUUGUCUUACUUAGUGUUUACAUGAAUGCACAUGUUGCCAUAUGUUUUACAAUUACUUUUUACACGUGACAGUGUAUUAUUUUUACCUCUUAUAAACGCCAGCAUUUUAGGGAGGGAUUUUUUGUGUGCCAAAAUUAGAUGAUUACAUAGACAAUUAAAUGUGAAAUGAUUUAAUACAAUUGGAAGUUAAAAAGUUUCACUAUUAAUUAAUUUGUAAAAUUUGAUAAAUAUUAAUAAUGAAACUAUUAUACAACUCUAUUAUAUGAUAUAUUAUAUCAUAACUGUUUAUUAAUUUCAUGACCAAUACAUCAUUUAGAUUUACCAUGCUUUUCAACCGAUCAGAUUACUGACUGUUUCAUAAAAAUGCCAAGUCAUUGAAUAAUUAAAAAGGCCAUGAAAAAUACUUAUUAUGAAUUAAAUAACCUGGUCAUUAUAUUAAUAAUCAGUAAAUAGUUUCACUAUAGUUAGUUAGUGUAAUAUUUCACAAUUCAAUUGUUUGUUGGAUACUAUAUUAUACAAAAAAUGUAUUCCAAUUUAAAAUAAAUUAUCUAAAAUUAAAUGUACUUAAUUUUGGUUGUUUCCAUAGCGUUUAUGAUUGCUGCUGCCAGUAUUAUCAGUAGAACAAAUUGCGCCCUCUAGCUGUAAUAAAGGCUGCUAACACAAUGUGAUAAGGUCACGUCAACAUUGCAGUAUUAUUUUUUUAACCAGCAGAGGGCCUCAGUGCGAGAUUUAUUGUACCAAAAUGACGUAAUGCUCUCAGUCAACUCUCGCAGAGCAGUAUAGAAAUGUUUGUCAGUUUAAAUUUGAACAUCAAUAUGCUCCUGUAUAUGCGUUGUAUAUCACAAUUAUAUAUUUUUGUAUUGCACAAUACAUGGUUGACACGUUUUUUAAAAAAUAUAUAUAUUUUGUGUCUUAAAAAAAUGAAAUAAAUACUUUUGAAUACAAAUGUUAUUUUGGUAUCUUGUAUUAUUUCUGCAGGCAUAAAUUGACGUUAAGUAAUAUCUUUUG